AUGACGGACGAGGCUGCCGGUGAGCCAUUGGAAACACCACAUAGCCCAAUACACCUAAUGGUCUCACUAGAGACGACCAACACCUCAAUAACACCACCACCUCAGACGACCGGCGUGGCUUCUGAGGCUCCACCAUCUAAUGGCUCGCUACCUUCCCUUGCAACAGUUGCACCUUAUGUCACAACCCAGAUACCAAUACCCACACUGAAUAGUGUAAACCCGCCGUUGUUACCCAACAACGACAAACCCAAUCCACCCAUUUCACCUCCUAUAACGUUGAUUUUUUCCAACAUUAACGUAUUAAACAACGUCGGUUAUAGCUUCUUACAACCACCCAUACACACCACAAACGAGCAACAACAAACGACGCUAAUAACACCACCGUUAAAUGGGAUGCCCUCCCUUAUGCACACAACACCGGUGAAUAAGACCGCAAAUGGCCCAAGCAUCAUUUUCCAAGCGCAAAACUACCCAUCGUUAGUGACUGGAUCCAUGCCGGCCCGCCAUUCACGCCCUACCAGCAAAUCCCCAUGA